UGAUUCCUUCACCCCCUCGUCAGCUUAUGCGCCAACACCAUAGACUCUCUCUAUUCUCAAAACCGUUCACAAAACAUAUACAAUGUCUAAAGACAGAUAUUUUAGCCACCAUACACACCUAACCAGACAACAUUAGUAAAACAAUGUUGAAGAAUAUCAAAUUGCAAUGGUGGCUUGGUCCGGCAGUCUUGAUCGGAGCACCCGUGAUACUCUACGAUUGCUCCAGUACCUUCCGAUAUUACACCCGAAUCUCGCUGUAUUACUUAAGUCUUAGUACCGUGUCUUCCGUCCUCAUUCCUAUUGUCGCUUUCCGGCCUCGUGAUGUUCACAACAUGGUAAUAGGGGCCCGAAUUAUGCGUUGGAUUAGUUCCAAACUUCUAGGCCUGCGCUAUCAUAUUCAACCUAAUCCGCACUUGGCUCGAGACCAAACCUACAUGAUCGUGGUCAACCAUCAGCAUUCUAUUGACGUCUUGGGUCUCUUCGAAAUGUGGCCCGUCAUGGGUAAAUGUACCACUUUGGCCAAACGGAGCUUACUCUAUUUUUCGGGACCAUUUGGCCUUAUGGCCUGGCUUAGCGGGACGACCUUCAUCAACCGGGACGACAAAGUGGAAGCUAGAAACAUCCUGGCGGACACAGUUCUCAAAUCAAAAGAAUCCAACAUAAAAGUACUAGUGUUUCCAGAGGGAACCAGAAACCACACUCCGGGUCAACGGGAUUUAUUGGCCUUUCGCCGAGGAGCCUUUGCCGCAGCCAUUCAAGCCCAAGUACCGAUACUUCCUGUUGUUAUAUCUCACUACGAAUCCCUGGAUACGAGGCACAGAAUCUUGGAACCGGCUGAUAUCAAGAUUCACGUUUUAGAGCCGUUUGAAACAGAGGGUUUGGAUUCGAGCGCCAUCGAUCAACUGUGUCAGAAAACCAGGGAUGCCAUGUUAACAAAACUAAGAACACCUUUACACUACGAUGGAAACUCAGGAUUGAAUCCGGUUUGAGGAUUGAAAUAGGACUAGAGCUGGGGCGAGUUCGGCAUAAGACUUGAUUCAGGCAGAGGACUCCUAUCUUUGAUUGUACUCAAGUUGAACAAAAAGACUCAAAUAGCAAAAACCCAGCCCCAGCACACUAGUCCUACUUCGAUCCUCAAACCGUAUUCAAUCCCGUUUUUCCAUCGUAGUGUCAAGGCGCCCUAAGAGAAAGCUGACCCAGUUAACAAAAUCUAACUUUGUGAUUUACUGAUGUUCAAUUAGUGUCAGCUAUUUAUGAAUUGUAGUCGUAAUCAAUACAUGUUAUCGUUUCCACGGAAAAAUGCAA